UCACUGAGCUGCUGAGCGGAGAGGUUUCUAUAAGGUGUCAGGAUGUCGCUGUCUAUUUCUCCAUGGAGGAGUGGGAGUAUUUAGAAGAACACAAGGAUCUGUACAAGGACGUCAUGAUGGAGAAUCACCAGUCCCUCACAUCACCGGAUGGAUCCAGUCAGAGAAAUCCACCAGAGAGAUGUCCCAGUCCUCAGUAUUCCCAGGACUGUCCAGAAGAAAAACCAAAUAUCCCACUGGAUCAUCAGGAAAGUUCUGGAGGAACGAUGAGUGGACUCGAAGAACCCAUAUCAGUGUCUGUGAAUGGUAAGGACAUUUUUGAUGGACAUCUCCUUUUAUCCAAAGAAGAAAACAGUAUCACACAAGUUAAUUCAGUAUCUCCUAAUGCAGCCCAUCACAGUAGAGAUCUAUCCACCAAUAAUGCUGGUCCCAAGAAACUUUGGUCUAAUCAAUCACUUACUGGGAAAACAAGAACAGGACAUGGGAAGAUAUUAUAUGACAAACACUUUAGAAAGAAAUCUAAUCGAUCUUUACAUGAAAGGCCAUUUUUAUGUUUACAAUGUGGGAGGUGUUUUAACAGGAAAUCAAAUCUUGUGGAACAUCAAAGAACCCACACAGGAGAGAAGCCAUUUUCAUGUUUAGAAUGUGGGAAAUGUUUUGGCCAGAAAUCAGUUCUUGUUAAACAUCGGAGAACUCACACAGGAGAGAAGCCAUUUUCAUGUCCUGAAUGUGGAAAGUAUUUUAGUCAGAAAUCAAAUCUUAGGGAACAUCAAAGAAUUCACACAGGGGAGAAGCCAUUUUCAUGUUCUGAAUGUGGUCAAUCUUUUAGCCAAAAAUCAGGUCUUGUUAAACAUCAUCUGAGAACUCACACAGGAGAGAAGCCGUUUUCAUGCACUGAAUGUGGUAAAUGUUUUAGUCGAAAAUCAUAUCUUGUGGAUCAUCUACGAAUCCACACAGGGGAGAAGCCAUUUUCAUGUUCAGAAUGUGGGAAAUGUUUUAGUCAGAAAUCUAAUCUUGUGGAACAUUUACGAAUUCACACAGGAGAGAAGCCGUUUUCAUGUUCAGAAUGUGGGAAAUGUUUUGGGCACAAAUCGGGUCUUGUUAAACAUCAGAGAAUGCACAGAGGAGAGAAGCCAUUUUCUUGUUCAGUGUGUGGGAGGUGUUUUAGUCAAAGAUCAUUUCUUGUGAAACAUCAGAGAAUCCACACAGGAGAAAAGCCGUUUUCAUGUUCAGAAUGUGGGAAAUGUUUUAGACAGAAAUCGGUUCUUGUUAAACAUCAUCUGAGAACACACAGAGGGGAGAAACCAUUUUCUUGUCCUGAAUGUGGAAAAUAUUUUGGCCAGAAAUCAAAUCUUGUGGAACAUCUACGGAUCCACACAGGAGAGAAGCCAUUUUCUUGUUCAGAAUGUGGGAAAUGUUUUGGCCAAAAAUCUGUUCUUGUUAAGCAUAAGCGAACUCACACAGGGGAGAAGCCAUAUUCAUGUUCUGAAUGCGGGAAAUGUUUUAGUAGGAAAUCAUAUCUUACAGAACAUCUAAGAACUCACACAGGAGAGAAGCCGUUUUCAUGUUCAGAAUGUGGGAAAUGUUUUAGACAGAAAUCAGGUCUUGUUAAACAUCGAAGAAGUCACAUAGAGGAAAUAUAAGAACAGGUGUGGUGCUUCAUUGUUAGACCUGCUGCCUAAGGAUCCCUUCUGAUGAAUUCCCUAACCUAUUCAGAACCUGUGCUGUAACAGGAUGGUGUUUUAAAGGAUUUAUCCUGCUAUAUAUAUUGAUGACCUGUCCUCUGGAUAGGUCUUCAAUAUUAGAUUGGUGGGUGCCCGACACCAGGGACCUCUGGAGAUCAGCUUUUUAAAAAAGAGGCCACACUUCGUGAGCGCCGCAGCCUCUUCUUAUGCCAUAUCAUGUCACUGUACAUCGGUCACAUGACCCAGUUGCAGCUCAGCCCCAUUGAAGUGAAUGAGGCUGAGCUGCAAUACCAAGCACAGCCUCUAUACAAUGUAUGCCGCAGUGCUUGGAAAGCUGCCGAACGCCAAUCGGUGAAGGUGCUAGGACUUGGACCUUCCUGGAUAAACUGUUCAACUCUUAUGCCACAACCAAAUCAGUUUGCUACAUAGGAGAAAGAAAAGGUGGGCUUCCCUAUUGUCUCAUUCACACAUCAAUAUGGUAAUGCUGAAGCAAAACUGUCUCCAUAUUGUUAAGUAUUACAGACCAUAUUUUUUUAUUUUGUGGUCCAUUUUUAAUCAGUAUAGACUGAGGAAAAACAGGCUCCAUUAAAAUAAAAAAACUUGGCCUAAUUCGCAUUAUAAUUUAGAGGAAAUGGACUAAAGAAAAUCGAAACAAUAGAGAUACUAUAGUUGAACCUGAGAGGAGCUGCCUAUGCAUAAAGUUUCUCAAUACAUCUGUUUUACUGCAAUUAUUACCACUGAGGUCACAACAACUUGCACUGGUUUUGAUUUAUCAGUAGCUACUUGACAUCUAGACAUAAAAAUAGAAAGCUUCAAUUAUUGGAAGAAUUAUUUUGGAGUUGUAGAGCUCAAGAUGAGAUAAACCCUACUGUCAGUACAUUCAUUUUUUAAUACAGGGGCAGUGCUCCAGACAAAAAAAAAUUACCAGGAGCCAUUGGCUCCUAAACUAAAAAAGUUAGGAGCCAAAUUACAUUU